AUGUCGCUUGACGACUCUGACGCACAACAUCUGGUUGUUCUUGGACUCUCUGCAAGCGGGGAGAAGGAUGCCCUACAGGGCUUGCUGGCAGCGGCAAAGGGUUCGGCUCCGUCAACAUUCGGCGGAGAGAACGACUGGGACGAAGUCGACGGCGACGCGGCACGUCUUCCGCCGCCCGAAACAACGGCUAAUAAACCUGAGCAGAGCAGGAGGAACCGCAAAGCGAUUGAACACAAAAAAGAAGACGGGGGUGAUCUCAAUGGGCGUGGGCGGCGCCCCACUGCUCCCCAAAUGACACAGGCCAGUCGAGGCCGAGCAACUAUAUCAUCAUCGGCUGUAUCAGUGGAAAAAGAAGUGCCAGCAAAUAUGCCGGUUUCUGUCGCUUUCCACGCGGACGAUAUGUGUGAUUGUGCUGAGUCACUCCCGCCGCUGAAGGAUCUUGUUCACACCAAGGUGAUCCGGCCACUGACGGAGGCUCUCAAUGUAACCUCAUUGACCCGCAUUCAAAAGUUGUGUUGGAUGCCCAUGAUUGACAAGACGCGUGACGUCCUUAUCCGCAGUGAAACAGGGAGUGGAAAGACCUUGGCGUACGCCCUCCCUUUGCUCCACCGGUUGCUGUGCGAUUGUGAUGCGCAACCCCUACAACGCCAGGUAGGGACCAUCAUCAUCAUACUAUGCCCAACGCGUGAGUUGGUGGUCCAAGUUACCGAUGUGCUUGGCGUUCUCACCCGAUGUGCGCUGUUUUUGACAGUUGGUGGCAUCCACGGCGGUGAGAACCGACACAAGGAGAAGGCAAGGCUGAGAAAGGGUAUCCCUAUCUUGGUUUCGACACCUGGAAGACUCCUUGACCACCUCAAGGCAACAACGUCUUUUCGCGUUGAGGAAACGCAGACCAUCGUCUUGGACGAGGCGGAUCGAUUGCUGGAUAUGGGGUUUGAGCACACCCUCAGGGAAAUUAUGGAACUAUUGUUGGCCAGGGUUGGGAAUGCGGGGCACCAGGGCGCUGGACCGAAGGACUCGAGCCGUGGAAACCGCUGCCUCAAACGUGUCUUGGUGUCGGCGACAAUAACUGAGGCUGUGGAACGGCUCUCGCAUUUUGCUCUGCGAAGCAACGUUGUUCGCGUGGGUGAAACACAAGACACCUUUUCUAUUCCUUCGUCGCUUCGCCAGCACUACACCCUGGUGCCAACGAAGCAUCGACUCGCUACCCUCAUCAGCUUUCUUCGCUCUCAAUUAGAUGCUGGUGCGAAAAGGAUAAUAGUCUUCGUUUCCACAGCGGACAGCGCGGAAUUUCAUUAUUUCUUGUUGUCGAGACUAAAAUCUCCUUUUGCUGGAGUGCGAAAGGGCGGACGAAACUACGGCCUUCCUCAGCAGCGCGCCCACCGAUAUAGUCUAAAAAAACGGACGGAAG